GUGAGAGCCAGAGAGCGAGCGAUUGCUUUAAUGCAAGAAAUGGCCGAUCAAUGAGUGGAGUGAAGAUGUGAUCCAAAAGGCCUUCAUUUGUUUGUUCACAGCUUUGGAUCACAAGACUCGCGACAGUGACGGCCAUAGCGUUGAGCACCAGAUAUGUGUCGACUACGGCUGUUGAGUCCGGCCGGCAGUGAGCCCGCGGAGUACAAGUGGCCGCUCACCACAUCCGACAAGUAUGACGGCGCCAUCGAGAUCGUCGACACCAUCCGACACGUGUGUGAGGACCACCCGGACAUCAAGAAGGCCAUGGAGAUGAAUGUGCUCAACGCCUACGACACCAAAUGCUACGACAGUAUGAAGACGUUGUGCGAGAAAUACAAUCGAGUCAUUCAAAGCACUCUUCCGCUCUGGAAAGGACUGGCAGUGCGCACGCCAACCAAGCCGUCGAUGAAUCUACUGAAACACAUCAUUCAAAAGGUGUACAACUAUUCAGUGACAGAUCCCGAGAGACUGAACCAAUACGAGCCCUUCUCGCCCGAGGUUUACGGCGAGACGUCCUUUGAGUUCAUCUCUCAGAUGAUCGACGAGAUAGCCUUGACUUCGGAUGACGUGUUCGUGGACUUGGGUUCAGGCGUAGGACAGGUUGUACUACAAGUGGCCGCCGCCACCAAUUGCCGCAAAUGUAUUGGCAUUGAGAAGGCAGAGGUGCCGUCCAUUUACGCCCGGACUAUGGACGAGAGGUUCAAGUUUUGGAUGAAAUGGUUCGGCAAAAGACACGGAGAAUACCAACUGAUUAGAGGAGACUUCUUCCACGACGACCACAGAGAAGUGAUUAAUAACGCCACGUUUAUUUUUGUCAAUAAUUUCGCUUUUGGUCCAAACGUGGAUCAUAUGCUUAAACAACGAUUUGCUGAUAUGAGAGACUGCGCCAAAAUCGUGUCCUCCAAAGCGUUUUGUUCCCUCAACUUCCGUAUAACUGAUCGCAAUUUGAGUGACAUCGGCACAAUUAUGGAUGUGACGGAAAUACAGCCCAAAAAGGGUUCGGUCUCUUGGACUGGUAGACCUGUCUCUUAUUAUCUGCAUAUUAUCGACAGAACCAAAUUAGAGCGCUAUUUCGAAAAACUCAAGAAUCCAAAGUUGAAGAAUCACAAUCAAAGUCAAAGUCAGAGUAAUAGUAAUAGUAAUGAAGACGAGAACCGGAAUAAAAAGGCCAAUAAAGUGGAGAGCAUUGGAAGCAGUGAUUCGUCGUCUAAUGACUCGAAGGACGAGAAAGAAGACAAUUCGGGAAACUUUCCCAAAUGGACGCGAAAAGCGUGGUCCGAGUGGUGCAAUAGUAGCAAAGGCUCAACCAAUCAGAGCAGCGGUAGUCAACACAACGGUAGUUCCGAUCACGAGAGCAAUGAAGAGACGGAAAAUAUUCCGCGAAAAAAGAAAUACAAUCGCGUCGGUCGGCCCCGGAAGUACCCGUUGGGUGUGAGCGCAGCCAUAAAGCGCGCCAAACGAAAGCACACAAUGAUUAUCGAUAGUCCCGGUCGAAGGCCUGGGAGGCCACGAAAGAAUGGCAUCGGCUCUAAGAAGUCGAAGAAGUCGAUGAUUUUCAAUGGACUCGAUUUACUUCACGCGCAAACAGUUCUUAGUAUUUCUUCGGCAGCCGGCCAUCGACUGGAACCGGCGCCCGGAUGUGUGGACCAGAAGUUGGAUACUUCUUGUAGAGUGACUUCAGUGCCUAAUGUUGUUAUAAGAGACACCUCUCUGUUCUCUGUUUCUCCUGAUCUGACGGAACUGUUGGACACUUGGAAGCAACAGAUACUUCAGUUCAUCACAUAUAUGCAAACGCCUCAACACAAGGAUCUCCUCAAACAACAGAUCGAAGACGAAAAGAAACGAAACACAGAACUCAUCUCUCAAUUAAAUUGUUUGGAAAGACACAUAAAAGGAUUGCUCGAAAAGGGCGUCAGUUUAUUAAAGUCACGCCUCUUUGAGUUAGGCAUUAAAGCCUCGACUUCUAAUGAAUUGCUCGAAAAAGCCCGAGAAAUGGUGGCACACAAUAAGGAACUCCAGUCCAAGAGGUCUUCCCUACAGAAGAUAAUCACAAAUCUCGAGACCAAAAACAACAUACUCUUGAAUCACAGGCAACCAAAAGAAACUCUGAAUUUGAAUCACAACCAGAAUGUGAAUCAGCCUUUGAAUGGGUUUCCCAAGAAUAAGAGCCAUAUAUUAUCGGAGUUGACAACAAUGUUGAAACAGAAGCGACAAUUGUCUUCGAAAGUGAGUCAAUUGGAAGAGGAGGUGUCGAUUCUGGAGAAGUCACAGACAACUAAGUCUCGGCCUAACACUGACUAUGCGUUCAAUGCUGGUCUCCAAUCGCGUGUUAUGGCAUCUCAUGACUCUAAACCUAAACAUUUAAAUAAUAUAAAUAAUUCGAUAAAACUUCCCAAUUAUGAGGAGAGAAUCAAUUCAUUGAUUAUCCAAGCGUUGAACGAAGAGAACACAACAUAUCCGCAGAAUUCUCAUCGAAAAGGAAUUAAGAAUCUUAAGGAACAAAACGAUAUCACAUCCAAAGUUAAAGAAUGUGAUAUUGUUUUGAAUGACAGCAAUAAAUGUGAUAAAGAAUCGCAUAAUUCUUAUUCGCGCGAAAGUAUUACUAAAACCUGGAAUCCCGGCGAAAGCGGUAGUCCCGUAACCAAUGAAUACAACUCUUCUAAAAGUGAUUCGCCGAAGAAAUCGGUUGAGAAAGUAUACGAUAAGAAACCACUUCUUAUGACUCUUAAGAUUGACCGCAAAGACAACAGCGCUUCUGUUAAGGAGUGCUAUUCAAACGAACCCUAUUUGAAGUCCAAUGAAAUGAAACAUAAACGCAAAUCCAGUGAUGAAUCGACGACUCAUUCUAAUCGAAAAAAAUUAUCGAAAUCUCACAUUUUCCCCGGUAAUUGCAAGUCCGAGUGGACGCCUGUAGUGAAUGGCAAACACAAGUGGAAGGAUAGCAUUGACAGCCGUUUCGACAAAUUGGUGGCUUUGGUCGAGCAUCAGAUGGAACCGCACAAAGCGACUGAAGGUUACUUAUAAUGAUGACUUAGACCUAGUUUAUGGUACAAUUAUUGGACUGAGAUAUCACCGUGUUCACGGCAUUCAUUUAAGUUAUUUACAUUCAUUAUAAGUACUGUGAUGUUGUUUAGGUCCAUCGAGUCAUUAUCACAAUCAUUGCUGCAGUCUUAUGCCAGGUGUGGGAGGUUUGGGGGU